AAAAACCAUCGACUUCAUAACCACCCUCCUCGCCCCCUGCUCCCUAACCACCACCCGACCAAUCGACUUCCUCACCAUCCACCCCCGAACCCGCCAAACCCCCUCCUCCACCCCCAUCAACGUCGAGUCCCUCUCCAUCCUAACCUCCACUUCGGAACUCAAGUCCCCAUCCUCCUCUCAGGCGACGUCUUCACCCUCGACUCCCUCCCAUUCACCUCCCCCUUCCACAACACCCUUUCCUCCUCUUCUUCCCCACCAGAGCAUAACAUCCCCCACCUCUCCGGCCUAAUGUCCGCCCGCGCCCUCCUCGCAAACCCAGCCCUCUUCUCCGGCAGAAACUCCUGCCCCUGGGAGGCAGUCGAAUACUUCCUCAACAAAACAAUCAAAGCGCCCAUGCCCUUCAAGCUCGUCCUGCACCACAUCAACGAGAUGUGCUCCCCAGGCAUGGGCCCAAGCCAAAAAGACAAGGUCGCCUUGCUGAACAAGCAGGAGAGGGCAGAGUUGAUGAAGGUCGGGGACAUGACUGAGCUGAUUGACUUUCUCGAGGAGAAGAAGCCCGGUGGGAUAGGAAGGAUGUGA